CAGCAGCAUUCCUCCAAUUUUGAUUUCUCGCUGCUGCUAACUUUAGCGCUAACAAUGCGCAUGUAACAAAAGGGGUUUAAAUUCCCCAAAUGUGAUAUUGUGUUGUGACCUAUCAGGGACUCCGCAUGCAACCUGCAACGCAGACGAGGUAUCUAUCUCAGCAUGUUUCAAUCGUGGUUUCAAUAACGCAUCAGCCGUGAGCGUCUGCAUGUUCUUGCGACGAUUCCAGAAGACAUGCAUAUCGACCUACGCAGCUCAACCGAUCUCCACUGCUACAAUGUGCAGCGUUAACUACGCCGUCGAUCUGCUUUGUGAAGAAAGUAUGAUUUCCUGCAAGAUUGCGAAGGUGACUCUACAGAAAGACUGAUACAGCACCAAUGCUAUCGUCAUCAUGGCCGAGAUCCUUGUGGCCGCUGUUGCGUCCUGUUCACCCAGCCUCAUUACGCAUCCCAUUGAGGUGGCCAAGCUUCGCAUCCAGCUGCAGGGCGAGCUCCAGCGGAAGAUUCCCAAGCGGAUCUACCGCAACGUCCCACAGGCCAUCUACACUAUCGCGCGUCAUGAUGGCCUCCUCGCCAUCUACCGUGGCCUCAUUCCAGGAAUAGGCUACCAGCUGGUCGCCAACGGACUUCGUCUGGGUAUCUUCCAGAUCAUCGAAGACUUUGGCUUCACACUUGACGGAAACCUAGAGCCCAGCAUCAAGCUCAGUGCCUAUUCUGGAGCUGUGUCCGGCGCUAUUGGUGCCUUUGCUGGGUCACCACUGUUCUUGCUCAAGACUCAUAUGCAGGUGCAAUCUGCAACAGAAAAGAUAGCAGUUGGGUACCAACACGGCUACACGUCUGCGAGGGCGGCAUUCCUCGAGAUCUAUCGUAGGCAGGGAAUCAAGCACGGUCUGUGGCGUGCCACCACGUCUAACAUGCUACGGAUCUCCACAGCAUCUGCCAUCCAGUUGGCCACCUUCACCGGCAUGAAAUCCCUGCUCAACACAGCCUGCGAGUGGAAGGAACGGUACUUCUUCAUCAACACGGUCCUGGCUGCCUUUUUCUCCGGUCUGCUCUCCGCGCCCGUGAUCGCCGCCGUGGACGUGCUCAGGUGCCGCAUGUACGCCCAGCCCUCCAAACCUAGUGGUGAGGGCCUGUACUACAAGAGCCUCUGGGACUGCAUACGCAAGAUCAAGAAGACAGAGGGCGUGCGCGGCUUUGGAAAGGGCGCUGGGGGCGCCUUCCUGUACACCCUCAUGACGUCCUCCAUUACGCUUGUGUCCUGGGAUGAGCUCAAAAGCAAGCGCAAGGAGAGACGUCACUCCAGAGACUACUACAUUGACUUUGGGUAUCAGUAGAGGUACUAGCUCUUUACAGGAGCUUGUGCAGGGAAGCCAUGUGCCAUGGGAACUGCGGUAGUGCGCAUGAUAGUGAAUGAGCCAACUGUUUUGUCUGGUGGUUUCCGUACGAAGAGAAGUGUAAGGACGUCUUCUUCAACGUGUAUUUUGAAGAUCAAACAAUUGUUUCUGGAGAAGGAUUACAAGAUCCAAACUUCUUGGUUAGCCCACGUAGCCUGGCGAUCACACCGUGUGGUGCGGCAAGUAGUGGCGUACGAAAGGCCUUCACGCAAGACAAGACGGGGCGAGGACAGUCGUUUUUGGAUGCCGUUUUUUUUUAAUAGCUGGACGUGGUCACGUCGUUUUACACGCGUUGUUUUUGAAGAAGCACGAAGAAAGGACAAUGGUUACGAAGCACGAAAGAUUAACCAACGAACUGUACCGCUAUACUGUGUAUCUAGCCUGUGCUGGCGACGAAGUUGAAUUCUGACACCCAAGUGAUACGAAACGGAACUUCUGUCAUCUCUCCCUACACUGCAAUACGAACCCCAGCACGAAGUGCCCGUUCAAAUGUGCAGUCGCCAGAAGCCCUACAGCUUCUGUAACAACUAGAGAGGGCUGCUCACUCCUAGUUCUGCCAUGAAACCCAUCGAGACGACCUCUUUUCCUUCCUUUCGAUUUGUUUCAUUGCUUGUUUGUUUGUUUGCUCUCAUCUAUUCUGUCCAUGGUUAUCUUUCAUACUGCACCAGUUGAAAAGCUCAAAGGGGAAAAAAAAAAAAAAAAACAGUCUGUUCAAAAUAUUAGCGGCUUGCCCAAUAUGAGGCUUACGUCUCAAUUUACCACCGCCAGGUUGCCGGACUUUCCACUUUCUCACAUAGAAGAAAAGGCAAAGCAGCUUCUUUUUUUUUUUUUUUUUUCAGAUGACCCUCAACUUUUCCAAGACUGCUAAAAAAUCAUUUCGAAUGAAAUAUUGUUUUUAUAGAGGAGUACAUGCAGCAACAUGUUGAAAAAGCCACACAGGCCGCAUUUAUGUCAUUGAAUUGUUUACACCCACAACAAACUUUUCUUCGCUUUGUUAGCAAUUACUGUCUUUCUCUCUCACCAAAAUCCAAACUGCUGGUGUAACUGUGAAGACAGUAACAUUCGUCUUCAGGUCCGAGAAAAUCUUACUCCUUUCACGAUGAAUUUACUCUACAGGUUUUCCCGGUGAUUUUAAUCCAAGUGCCAGCUAAGUUAAUCCAUGCCCCAUAAAGUUUGCAUGGCACGUGGAUUAAUUUAGCUGGCACUUGGAUUAAAAUCGCCGGGAAAACCUGUAGAAAGAGCAAGGAGUUCCAUGAGAAUGAAACGAGCAAGAGACUCGUAGACGCACAGCAUGCGUUAAGAAGCCAGCCACUUUUUUGCCGUUAAGGUAGUAACUUACUUUCUGUUUCCUUUCUGAGGCAACUUAUAUGGGGAAGUAUUAUUUCCAAGCUGUCGAUAUGUAAUUCGCAAUAUAUAUGCAAUUCCGAGAGCAAAUACACUAUUGGCAUUCGCCUUUGCACACGUGUCGGAGCUACCGACCCGCUGUAUCCUCAGGUAUCUCUUUCCACCAAUAUAUUUCCAUUCCUGUUUUCCUGCCGCAUGCACCGGGCUUCCAAAACAUGGAGUACUACAUUUGUAAGGAGGAGAGAAUGGAUGGAAAGGCAUAGUAUACGUUGUUGUAGUUUUACCUUUAGUAAUUAUGCCUUUAGAGUUACCUUCUAAAUGUGUCGUAAUUUGUUAAAGGGGCGGUCGCAUCCAUUCCAGCCGAUUUCGGAACUAUGGUGUCAUUUUUUCUUUCCUAGUGGACCGCUGACCACGGUAUCGAAAAUCCUACGGGAAAUAGUGACAUAGUUUGACUGCUAUUCGGUGGAAUACACGAAAAGAGCAGACGCCGGAUGUUGAGAGUGUGCAGGAAUUCCCUCUCUGGAAAAAGGCGGAAACGUCAUUCCCUACACCACCAAUCGGACCACGGCCUUGAGAAAGGGGAUGCUGCGGCGGUGCGUGCGGCUUUCCCCUCUGACAGAGUCCCUCUCGCUCCUCGUGUUAGGGUGUGACGUAAAGACGUGAUCUCGUUGUCGCCUUUAAAAUUUGUUUAUUUAAUAUCUAAGCACUUUUCGGACAAAAAAAAAAUUGCCAAGUAUAUGGUCGGCCGAUGCCGAACAUGGGUUUCAUAGAUGGGUUUGUGGAUGCCGACUGUCCCUUUAAACAAAUCUGGAAGCUUAAAAAUCUACAGCUGCCCUCGGUGGCUUAGUCAGUAUAGCGCGUCCGGCUGCUGAUCCCAAGAUCGCGGGUUCAAACCCGGCCGAGGACGGUGGCAACUUGGUGGAAGGGUACAAGUUGCACAGACACGCAGUCUUCCGCGAGGGACGUUAAAUGUGGUGUGCCGUGUGUGUCCAGAUUUCGGCGUAGGUUGAAGAACCCUCGGGUGGACAAAAUUAAUCCGCAGACCCGACCACUGUGGCCACUUUGUCUCACGACGUAAACCCCCGAGUUAUUAUUGUUAUUAUUAAAAAUCUAGACACGACACUUGAGCACCCUAUUGACGAAAGCGUUAACGUCUGCUCUACCAGCACUAUUUUUUUUUAAGGAGCAGAGGAAAUGUGGUACUUUAUCGUUGGAAAUGCUUUAUUUUGCAGUUUGCACUGUUGUGCAGUGACUCCCGAACCAUUACUUCCCAGAGGCCUUUCUGCUUGCAACAAAGUACUCCUUUAGAGUGUUCUACUCUUGCCUGUGAUACUUUCAGACGCAGAUCUGUACAGAAGUAUUGCUAUUACACUCGUGGAAUGUUCCUCCAGGGCCAUGUUGCCAAACUUUGCUCAUGCUUGAGUCUCGCACUUCAAUGUUUGAUAAAUUAAACUCGCAUUUCUAAAGAAGAGUCAGAAUGUUUUUUGGUAACACAGAGCUUCUUGUUGAUUGCCAAAAAUAAAAACUGUAUCGCACCUACCUGACAGGAAAUAAAAGACAAAAACGUUUUGAAAUCCGCGUGGUUGCAACGC